CUGCUGGCCAGCUUGGUGUGUGGUAGUGUCGUGUGGUCCCUCAUCGGCUGUUUAUCUGUGUCACCAAGAGAAGACCUGCCCCCGAAUUAGCUCAACUGGCACCAUGUCAACUCCUGGCAUCAGGCGCUGCCACGCUAGGAGGAGGGAACAUGUCCCUGAAGAGCAGGUGCGGUGGUGGGCUGGUCACUUGUUUUAUUUUAAUUUGUUUUUGUUAAAACUGAAAAAAAAAAACUAAUCUGCAUGAUAUUUAGUGGAAAUACUCCCUGUCCUCCAUAGUAAAUUCUUGUCUUAUAAUAACUUAAAGUGGGCAUAUCGCUUCUCUAGAUAGAAGCUAAGUGGGCACUUCUGUCGUUUAGGCUCAGAUAAUCUGUUAAACUGGGGCCAGGGCACUUGAGGCACCAUAACUACUAUAUUGUGGUUAUGUUGCCAGGCGUAUUCCUUUAAUGUUGUAUUCUCCUCACCCCCAUGUUAUAUUUUUUAUUUUAAAAUGUGUUAGUUACAGUCCACAAUUCAACUCAGUCCAGACAUAAUGCCCUCUUCCAAAACUGUUCAGUAGCAGCAAAGGGCAAUAUUUAUUAUGAUGAGGGAACCAAAAUGAAGGAAGGUUCCCCGUUCCAGAACUGAUGUGACUUCUUACCUGUUUGCAAAACUUUAAAGGUAGAAUGCUAAACUGUUCUAAAACAGUUUGACUACUUUGGGGGGAGGGAUACGCCAUGGCACUCCUGGCACCAUAACUACAUUGUUAUGGUGUGUUGCAUGUUCCUUUAUUACAUGUUAUUUUAUGUUUCAAUUGUGUAACUUCCAGAGAAGUUUCAGUACUCCUUUAAAGGGGCACCAUGACCAACAAAGCUCAUGACACUAGCAGUCUUUGGAUGCUGGCCAUGUUUUCUGUCGACUGUUUCAGAGCUACCUGACAAACUGGAGUUUUCAUCGCCCAUUCCUUCUGCAACCACACUGAUUUAAUUUUGGUAUACUAAAUACAGGGAUAUUCACUAAAGUGAGAAUACAAAGUGAACUUCAAGUUCAAAAUAGAAACUAUCUUCGCAAUGCUUCCAGUUUAGUUUCUCUGGCCUGAUGUUUGAAAUUUACUUUGAAUUCUCACUUUAGUUAAUGACCCUGCUAGUCUCUUAAUUUGUUGCUCAGGUUUAGUCACUUUUGGUUUAUGGUAGCUUGCAGGACUGGUGUGAGGAUUUUUGGCUAUACAGGCGAAGAUGCACGUUGCCCCUUCCAUUCCCCCCCACAAAAAAUGCAUUUUGCCUGUGUCCUCUUGAAUUUCCUGCCCACUUUUGUCUCUUUCUACCGUUCCCCAUCCCUGCUGUCUCUCAUACAGCACCUCUGUGUCCAACCUAGUCCCUGAGUGUCACCCCCUCCCAGCCCAUGUCAGAAUCUUGCCCCUUCUCCAGCCCUUCUGUACCUUUUUUAAUUGCUUUAGAAUUUAUUUUUGUAGUGCAUGGUAAUUGGUUCAGGAGAUUAGAGACAUUGUAAAUGGUAACAUUAAAAAGUGGUUACAAGGUUAUAAUACAUGCCUGAAUCACUGCAUCAAAUCUGACUGUGCCCCAGCACCUGUUUCUUUCUCUCCCUAGUCCCUUUUGUGUGCGUUUCUUCCCUUGCCAGUCCCUCUGUCUUUCACUAGCACUUUCUCCCCCAGUGUCUCCAUGUCUGUGUCCAACCCCAGUCCCCCAAAUGUCUCCUCACCUCCCUCUUGUAGCAUGGGUGUGCUGUGGACCGGGAUAGAUGAGCUUUAGUAACCUCUACCUGGACUCACAGGAAGCAGAUCUGUGCUCUCAGCAGGUCCGGACUGGCCAUCAGGCACACCAGGGAAAUGCCUAGUGGGCUGCCAUGGUCAUGGGCUGAGGCUGGCAGGGGUAUUCCAUGAUGGGCCAGUGGGGAAAUCAAAGAUCUCCCUCACUGGCCCACUUGCACAGACAUGCGGCUGGGGAUGGAGAGAGGACCCAGAAGACUCUAUCUAGCGAGGGGUGUUGCCAUGUCUUGCGAGAGUGAACUCUAGCGCCACAGGCUAGAGUUCACUCACCACUAGCACCACCAGGGAUGGCAGCAUGGUCCCCCCCUCCCAGCCUCUCACACGCAGUGCAUUACACCACAAACACAACACUACUAAAACUAUCUUAUUACACAAUAACACACCACAAUCUGCUCACUCUACACACGCAAUCCAACAAGCAGGCUCCAAACACAUGCACAAUACUCUUUCCUGGCCCUUGUCUCCAGUUAUCCCAUUUAUAGACAAGUGGCAAGGAAACACAGUGCAAGCAUGUUAAAUAUGCUUGCGCUGUGCAGAACAAAUACAGGACUUUUUUCUCAUGCUAGAGCUCUUCAGCAGAGCUCUGCGCAUAGUCUUCCCUCGAAGAGCAUUGAACCAACAUGCUCACUUUGCGAGGGGGUGUGUUUGUCACUGGUGAUGACAAAAUGCACCCUGUCUGCGCUGCCCCUUCUUAGUUGGCUGCUGUGCUAAAAAUUUUUUUUUUUUUUUUAAAUGGCCUGGCUCACAGUAAGCACUUCCUGUGAAACCAACGUAGAGGUUACUGAAGCUCCUCUCUCCUGGUCUGCACUCUGUGUAGUGCGCUCCCCUCCUACUGAUCAGUCAAAUCUUGCACACACAGGGUCGGUGUGCCUAAGCGCCGCUUGUACCACCUUAUGGUAUUGCUGGCCCUGGCUGCAUGAUAUAGGUGUAAAUAUCAUGUGGUAGGUGUCUUCUAAUCUGAAAUUCAGAACUUUGAAUAAAGUCUGUUUUUGCUACUUUUUUUGUAGCUGUAGAUAUAUUGCAUUUGGGCAUUGCUUGAACAUUGAUACAUUUAAGUCAAGAGUUACAGUAUUAUUCAACAAAGUGGUAUAUAUAUUUUUUUUUUUAUAAGCUUACACCUUACUAUUUUUCUUCCCUAACACAAAUACUUUCAUACAGAAUGUGAUCCACCGAAUGUCCAUCAUACCUCUGUUUAGCUCGAGUUGCGGUGUAGUCAUUGCUAUUUACAACUCAACAAAAGACCGGUCCCCAUAUCUUCGCAGUGUUUGUGAUGUGGCUGAAAAAAGCACUAAGAUCCUAGCUGGGGCUGCAGCUUUUGGAGCACAACCACUGAUUGCCAUAUUUGAGCCACAAAGUGAGUAACACACUAUACUGAAACUCAAUCUAUGAUGCAGGCUACCACGUUUUUACAUAAUUUACUUUUUUAUUCCCUCUUAUUUUUUUUUUUAAAGCUGUUUUGUGAAACUAUUGGGAUACAAUUGCCUACAUUUUAUCCCCACACUCUUACUUAAACAGUGUAUAAUUCAAAGGUGUUUUUAGAAGUGUUUUUAUUAUGCUCAAAGAUCUUUAGUCAUUGUUUCAAAAAGCCAGUUUGGCCUUGUUUCUCCUACAGUUGCCACUGCCAAUGAGUUGCUCUGCAAAGGUUUAGAUAAGCUGGAAUCUGCUCUACCCAUUUUGCAGCAAUCGCCAGAAAAGGUAAAGAUUGUCAAUGCAAUGUAAACCCCCAUGUCCUGCCUUCAUUAUAGCUGAUUACUUUUUGGAUUAUCAUUCUACAGGUUAUUGCAGACACAAAGGAGCUGGUGACGGGAACACAAGACGCUGUGACCAACACUGUUGCAGGAGCCCGUAAUACAGUGAUUGGUGUAGUAGGUCUGGCAAUAAAUGUUGUCAAUAGUAGUGUUGAUGUGACAAAGACUGUAUUUGCCACCAUGGGGUCUCAUGUCGAGCAGCUAGUGACAACUAGCAUCGAUACUGCUCUGGUAAAGUCGGAGGAGUGGGUAGAUCGCCAUCUACCAGUGGAUGAAGAUCUAGGUGAGAUGCUUGCGAACUCUGGAUUUUUUUUUUUAGUCUUAAAGGACAACUACUUCUGUGCCUUCCCUUCUUUCCCACCCCCCAUUUAAUGAUCAUAAUAAACUUUUUUAAAUUUUAUUUUUGAGAAUUUCACUUCAGGUGAGCAGCCAUUUUGGAUCAGACUCAAUCCCAGCAGGAGGCAAGUUAGAUUGAACAGUAGUUGAUCAACUAACAGUCUGACACAACAUGGCUGUUCACUCAUGUAAAAGUUUAAUUUUAUUUAAAGAGAAAAUGUAAGAUCUUAAACGGACACUAUAGUGACCAAAACAUUAGCUCUAUGAAGGAAUUUUGGUGUACAGAUAAUGCACAUGCAGUUCCACUGCUCAAUUAUCUACAAUUUCAGAGUCAAAUCACUAUAUGAAGGCUGUGCAAGUCACAUACAGGGAGGUGUGACUAGGGCUGCAUAAACACACUUCCUGUAAAGUCAUCUAAUGUUUACAUUUCCUGUACUGAAAAUACUGUUGAACUUAGAAUUUCUGAUUUCCUGCUCCUGAUCUGUUAAUAGCUUCCUAGAUCCUGCCAGAGCAGGAGAUAAGAAAUUUUAAGUUACUUCAGAUUUGAAAAUUAAACAAUUUUGGUUUUAUGCAGGCUGUCUGUUACAGCCAGGGAGGUGUGGCUAGGCCUGUAUAGACAGAAACAAAAGUGAUUUAGCUCUUAUAUGGCAGAGAAUUGAGCAAUGAGAUUGCAAGAGCAUGAUCCAUACACAAACACUGCAUCUUUAAGCUAAAGUUGUUUUGGUGACACUAAAGUAUCCCUUUAAAGUGUUUUCUUGUAUCUUUUUUUUUUUAGUACAGUAGCUGGUGUCCACUACUAAACAUACAUUGCUCCAAUCACUGUAGAUGCAGAGAAGUAUAAAUGGCUCUACGAAUCUUGUGUAUCCCUGUCUCCACCUCCCCACUGUAGUUUAAAGAUGCUAAACAAACCUAAUGCCAGUUUGCUGUAAAAGUAAUUUUUUUACACUUUUAUUGAUGUUUUGUCAACAGACCAGCAUGAUCCACAUAAAGUGGUGUUAACUACUGAGCAGAAACAGAGGAUGCAGCAAAAAUACUCACUUCGCUUGGGGUUACUGUCUCUUCGGUUUCAUCACUGUGCCUACGAACUCUCCUUGGGAAAGGUGAAGCAUGCCAGCAAUGGUACUCUAGAAGUUCUAACUGAACUGCAUCGCAAUAUCAACUUGGUAAGUAGUCCUGUGUGGCAUUUAUUAAAUUUGUACACCAGAAAAUUACUGUCCUUAAAGCUUGGCAGAUGUGUUUCCCCUAGUGAACUGCAAAAAUAGCUGGAGAUGCUUCUAGUUGGGUAUAAUGCCAGGAGUUCCUUGAGGGCUAUCUAUUGGUAUCUGUCAAACUGUUUACAAGCGAUCGAACACUUCCUUUGUGGCCCUUCUGGUUUGAUGGCCAGUUCUUAGCCAUUGAACGCUGUUGAAACCUAGCAUGAACUUACCUUCAUCAUGCUGGAACAUCUGACCCAGCAUGGUAUUUGUCAAACCAUUGAUAAAGUUUGCUAUAUUGUCUGAAGGUGCCUAGGGACUCUUGUGCCCAUAACCAGCUUAACUGUAAUAUUUAUGAUGUCUAGAGUCUCAUAAAUUAAAAACUAAACCUUACAGAUUGAAUCUACCAGACAGAAUAUUCAUUGUGGCCUAGGUAAACUGCAUCAGUUGUGGCUAGAAUGGAAAGAGAAACAGCUGAGACCGAUGCCUGUUGGAAUGGAGAGAGAGUCACUGGGAGAGGUAAGGGUCAUGCAGUCUGAUGAAAUACUGCCUUGUAAUGGUCACUCCGGGUUAUAGACUGUUCUAAAGUCGAUCACUGGAAUUGAUGUCUGUUAGAGCAAAACAUUAUUUUUUUUUUUUUUUCAGCCUCUUGAGUCUCUCGUACUGUCAAUGAUCCAGGCCGCAACACAACAACUUCAGACUAGCUGUCUAAAUCUGGCAACUGUGGCACAAGGUUUCCCUGCUCACAUCCAGGAGAGCAUACAGAGACUAUGGCGACAUGCUCAGGACUUGCAUUCAUCAUUCUCAGUUAUUGAAACUUGCAGGGAUCUCUCGCUGGCAAUCCUGACAAAAAACCAUAAACAUAUUGUCCGUACCUAUCUCAUAGAGCUCUAUAACUAUACGAAUGCCCAAAUCUCUGUGCCUGGGCUAAUCUGGCUACAGAGGUUCUGGGAUGUGUCCCUCUAG